UCGCGGUUCGGAGUUCGGAGUUCGGAGCGCGGUUCAGUCGGGUCCGGCGCGGCGAAGUUGGCCGUUUUCGAGGUGCGCGUGUGCUCGGGAGAGCGGUUUCGAAAGCAGGUUCCUCUCGGAACGACGUAAAGCGCGGCAAGAUCGUCCCAGAAUCCAACUGUCACGUGAAACCGCGUGCCUCUCGCACGCGCACGUUCGGCUCGUGCAAGACCCCCGAUAUCCCGUCUCAAGAUUCUGCGACUCACGCUCGGAGCUCUUAGGAGGAUAACGACGAUGGUCGACAAGGAGGAGGCGCGGAAACGCUUGACGCCGCUGCAGUGGCAUGUGACGCAAGAAAAGGGCACCGAGAGGCCGUUUACCGGUUGCUACAAUAAGUUUUACGAGAAGGGAAUGUACACUUGCAUCGUGUGCGAUCAGGAAUUAUUCUCCUCGGACACCAAAUACGACAGCGGAUGCGGUUGGCCUGCAUUCAAUGAGGUUUUGGAUCAAGGACGCAUUAAACUGACCAAAGACACGUCUCAUGUCGGCGGCAAUCUACUACUGCUGAUCGCAAACCCAGAUAUGGUGCGGACCGAGGUGACCUGUUCGAAGUGCAAUGCACACCUGGGACACGUGUUCAACGACGGGCCGAAACCUACGAGGAAACGUUUCUGCAUCAAUUCCGCCUCUAUAAGCUUCCAUGCAGCGGGAGAAGAGAAAAAGUCUACGUAAAAUAAGCUCUCCUUGUUGCUUAUUAUUAUUUUAUAAUACUUCCGAUUUAUGCGACUCACAUAUGAGAUCAUAUAUAUGUAUAAAUAUGUUUAUACUUCGUGUUAUAAACAUUAUAAAAUACCUCCGAUUUAUAUUUAUAUGCAUUGUAAAGAGAUAGUGUAACAAUUAUUAUCGCCAAAGGCUGUCUCUGUAAAAUAAAAGUUUGUUAUUAUUAUUAUUAUAUAUAUAGGGAAUAUUUUAUCACUUUUGACGCAAUGCGAGUACAAUAUCGCCAUUAAUCCUUCUAUGUCAAUUACUAUAUAUUUUCUUUUGAUUUAUUCUAUUGAAUUAUAUACAACUUUUGCGUAUAUUCCUUCUUACAGC